CGAGGGUAGCAUGAGUAACUGGGGUACUUUGCUUACCAAACGUGUAAUAUUUUCUUUAGUUUAAUCUCGGGUACUUUGCUUACCCUCUUUCCACUUCACAUCCCGUCACUGUGACCUGUGUAUGCUUACUUUACUUUGAAGUAGGGUUCCAUUACUCCAAUUUCUCUUUCUCUCUCUCUCUCUCUGUAUUUUAGUAGUUUUCCAUUUCCCACCCUCAAGUCACUAGAGUGUAUUCUACGUGUAUUUCAGUUUCGUGGACAUUUGUGGGUUUCUUUGAGAUUCUUCGAUCUUGAAUGCACCCUUUUCGCUUAGACAUUUUGCAUACAUUGAGCUGCUUUGCCAUUUUUUUUUUAUUUUGAGAUAUGAGCCUCUCUUGUUCGAACUUGACCACUUAGGUCUCUUUAUUCGCCACUUUCAAGCUCACUCCCACUCCUCCCGCAUGUCUAUGGAGCUCACCGGGUAAAAUUUGAUGCAACUAGGAGAAGAGACUGCAGAUCCGACAUUUUUGAGGUGCCAACUCUGAACAAGGUAUGGAGAACUUGUCAUCAAAUGGCAACCGCUUCCGAAGAAUACCAAGACAGUCGUUUGCUGCAAAUCUAGACUUAGACCCACUGCUUGAUGAAAACUUGGAGCAGUGGCCGCAUUUAAAUGAGCUUGUCCAGUGCUACAAAACUGAUUGGAUAAAGGAUGAAAAUAAGUAUGGUCACUAUGACGCUAUUAACCCACUUUCCUUCGAGAGUCAGAUAUUUGAAGGGCCCGACACUGAUAUUGAAACAGAAAUGCAUCUUGCCAAUGCUAGGCAGAGUAAACUGGAAGAUGCAGCUUGUGAUAACACUCCUAGCACCUCAGGGAGGCAAGUUACAGAUGACAGAUUCUCUGAUGUACCACACUCAAAUGUUUCAAAGCACUUUGGUGAAUCUCCACUGCCUGCUUAUGAACCAAUUUUUGACUGGGAGAAUGAGAGGUCUAUGGUAUUUGGGAAAAGAGUACCUGAAGGUCAAGCUGCACAAUAUGGAAGUGGUUUGAAAAUCUCCGUUAAGGUUCUGUCCUUGUCUUUUCAAGCGGGACUAGCUGAGCCAUUCUAUGGUACAAUUUGCUUAUAUAAUAAAGAGAGAAGAGAAAAGCUGUCUGAGGAUUUCAUAUUCCGCAUAUUACCAACAGAGACGCAGGAGGUUGGGAGUUCUAGUGAAUCCCGUGGUAUUUUCUAUCUAGAUGCUCCAUCUGCAUCAGUUUGUUUGCUAAUCCAGUUAGAGAAGCCAGCUUCUGAAGAUGGUGGAGUUACUUCCUCUGCCUAUUCACGUAAAGAACCUGCUCACCUGACAGAGAGAGAAAAGCAGAGGCUACAAGUGUGGUCUCGUAUCAUGCCCUACAGAGAGUCAUUUGCCUGGGUCAUUGUGCCUUUGUUUGAUAAUAAUAUUGGUAUGGCUUCUGGUGGAUCAGCUUCCCCUGGCAGUCCCUUGGCCCCUAGCAUCUCCGCCUCAAAUUCCCAUGAGACUACUUCCAAGUCUAGUGCAAAGAUCACAUUGGAUGGUAAACCUGGUUAUUCUGCUGGAAGCUCUGUUGUUGUUGAAGUAUCCAACUUGAACAAAGUUAAAGAAGGUUAUACAGAGGAUUCACUCCAGGACCCAAAGCGAAAAGUUCAUAAACCAGUAAAAGGUGUUCUGAGAUUGGAAAUUGAAAAGCUACAAGCUGGUCCAAUUGACUAUGAUAAUUUAUCUGAAAAUGGAAGUCUGUCAAAUGAGCAUGUUGAUCCCAUGGAUCGUGUAGCUGAGGUUGGAAAAUUCCCUAGUAAUAACCACAAGGUGCCUCAAGCAGGACAUUCCAAAUGGAUCUCUGCUGAUGGAAAAGAGACUCAACUAAAUGGAUCACCUGCUCAAGCAAAUCCUGACCCCAGUACUUAUGUUGCUUUUGAUUUCCGCACCAUGACAAGGAAUGAGCCUUUCUUGCAGCUUUUCCAUUGUCUCUAUGUCUAUCCCUUGACAGUUAAUUUGAGUCGUAAGAAAAAUUUAUUCAUAAGGGUUGAACUUAGAAAGGAUGAUGCAGACAUUCGUAGACAGCCCUUGGAGGCAAUGCAUCCAAGGGAACCAGGUGCAUCACUUCAGAAAUGGGCUCAUACACAAGUAGCCCUUGGGACUAGAGUGGCCUCUUAUCAUGACGAGCUUAAAGUGUCUCUCCCUGCUAUUUGGACUCCAUCUCAUCAUCUGUUGUUCACAUUCUUUCAUGUAGACCUCCAAACAAAGCUGGAAGCACCUAAGCCUGUUGUAAUAGGAUAUGCUGCUCUCCCAUUAUCAACACUUGCUCAGUUAAGAGCUGAAAUCUCUUUACCAAUUAUAAGGGAGUUGGUUCAACAUUAUCUUCAAGAUUCAGUGAAGGAGAGAAUGGAUUACUUGGAGGAUGGACAAAGUAUCUUCAGAUUGCGGUUAAGAUUGUGCUCAUCAUUAUAUGCUAUCAGUGAGCGCAUUAGAGACUUUUUUCUAGAGUAUGAUAGACACAUUCUUCGAACCAGCCCACCUUGGGGAUCUGAACUUCUUGAGGCCAUUAAUAGUUUGAAGAAUGUCGACUCCACUGCUUUACUUCAGUUUCUUCAGCCAAUCCUGAAUAUGCUUUUCCAUCUUAUAGGCAAUGGUGGAGAAACACUACAGGUUGCAGCUUUCAGGGCCAUGGUUAAUAUCUUAACCCGAGUGCAGCAGGAGUCAGUUGAUGAAGCUGAAAGAAAUCGGUUUCUUGUGAAUUAUGUUGAUUAUGCCUUUGAUGACUUUGCUGGUCGUCAGCCACCAGUUUAUCCUGGUUUAUCUACAGUAUGGGGAAGUCUGGCUCGCAGCAAGGCCAAGGGUUACCGUGUGGGGCCUGUGUAUGAUGAUGUCUUGGCGAUGGCUUGGUUUUUUCUUGAAUUAAUUGUCAAGUCAAUGACAUUGGAGCAAACUCGUCUUUACUACCUUAACAUUCCACUUGGUGAAGAUAUUCCCCCAAUGCAGCUGAAAGAAGGUGUUUUCAGAUGUAUAAUGCAAUUAUAUGAUUGUCUACUAACAGAAGUACAUGAGCGCUGCAAGAAGGGAUUGAGCUUGGCCAAACAAUUGAAUAGUAGUUUGGCCUUCUUUUGUUAUGAUCUUCUUUCUGUUGUGGAACCUCGACAAGUUUUUGAAUUGGUGUCUCUGUACUUGGAUAAAUUUUCUGGGAUAUGUCAACAAGUUCUACAUGACUGCAAGUUAUCAUUUCUGCAAAUUUUGUGUGAUCAUGACUUGUUUGUGGAAAUGCCUGGACGAGACCCUUCAGACAGGAAUUACCUCUCAUCUAUCUUGAUACAAGAGCUUUUUCUGACAUGGGACCAUGAUGAUCUAACACAACGAACAAAGGCAGCUAGGAUCCUGGUAUUCCUCUUGUCUAAACAUGAAUUUGAUGCUCGAUACCAAAAGCCGGAGGACAAGUUAUAUAUUGCUCAGUUAUAUUUUCCACUUAUUGGCCAGAUUCUUGAUGAAAUGCCGGUAUUUUACAAUCUCAAUGCUGUUGAAAAGCGUGAGGUCUUGAUUGUUGUUUUACAAAUUCUGCGCAAUCUGGAUGAUGCUUCUCUUAUCAAAGCUUGGCAGCUGAACAUAGCUAGAACGAGGUUGUUUUUCAAACUCCUGGAGGAAUGCUUGGUACUAUUUGAGCAUAGAAAACCAGCUGAUACAAUGCUGAUAGGAAGUAAUUCCCGCAGUCCUGUUGGAGAUCCGCCUGCAUCUCCAAAGUACUCUGAUAGGCUCUCUCCUGGAAUAAACCAUUAUCUUACUGAAGCAUCACGACAAGAAGUCCAACCUCCUUUGACACCAGAGAACAACCACUUGUGGCAGAGAGUUAACUCUCAGCUUAGCUCUCCUAGCCAGCCAUAUUCCUUGAGGGAAGCUCUUGCUCAGGCACAAUCAUCUAGAAUUGGCGCUUCUGUACAAGCACUUAGAGAAUCUCUACAUCCAAUCUUGAGGCAGAAGCUGGAGCUGUGGGAAGAAAACUUGAGUACUGCAGUCAGUCUUCAAGUCUUGGAAAUAACUGAAAAGUUUUCUACUGCUGCAGCUUCCCGUGGCAUUGCCACGGAUUAUGGAAAACUAGAUUGUAUCACUUCUAUAUUUACCAGUUUCUUUUCACGAAGUCAACCCUUAGCCUUUUGGAAAGCUUUAUUUCCCGUGUUCUACUCUGUGUUUGAUCUUCAUGGUGGAACACUAUUGGCUCGAGAAAAUGAUCGCUUCUUAAAACAAAUUGCUUUCCAUCUUCUUCGGCUUGCAGUUUUUAGAAAUGACAAUAUCAGGAAAAGGGCCGUUAUUGGGCUUCAGAUACUAGUUAAGAGUUCUUUUAGUUAUUUCGCGCAGACUGCAAGAUUAAGGGUCAUGCUUACCAUCACAUUAUCUGAAUUAUUGUCUGAUGUUCAAGUAACUCAAAUGAAGUCUGAUGGAACCUUAGAAGAGAGUGGUGAAGCAAAGCGUCUUCGCAAGUCUUUGACAGAAAUGGCUGAUGAAGCUACAAGCCAAUGUCUAUUAAGGGACUGUGGACUUUCUGAAAAUUCAUUAACUGCAAUCCCAGAGAAAUCAUCAGAGAAUAGAUGGUCAUGGUCUGAUGUUAAAUACCUCUCUGAAAGCUUACUCUUAGCUCUUGAUGCUAGUCUUGAACAUGCCCUUCUGGCGUCUGUCAUGAACAUGGAUAGAUAUGCAGCUGCAGAGAGCUUUUAUAAACUAGGCAUGGCAUUUGCUCCGGUUCCAGAUCUUCAUAUCAUGUGGCUGUUGCAUCUCUGUGAUGCUCACCAAGAGAUGCAGUCCUGGGCUGAAGCAGCGGAGUGUGCUGUAGCUGUGGCAGGUGUCGUGAUGCAGGCCCUUGUAAGCAGAAAUGAUGGUGUGUGGAGCAGUGAUCAUGUAACUUCCUUGCGUAAAAUAUGCCCAAUGGUUAGCAGUGAGAUAACUUCUGAAGCAUCGGCAGCAGAGGUAGAAGGAUAUGGUGCUUCAAAAGUUACAGUGGAUUCUGCUGUUAAAUAUUUACAGCUUGCGAAUAAGCUAUUUUCUCAGGCCGAGCUUCAUCAUUUUUGUGCAAACAUUCUUGAACUGGUAAUUCCAGUGUAUAAAAGCAGGAAGGCGUAUGGGCAGUUAGCCAAAUGCCAUACCAUGCUUACAAACAUUUAUGAAUCCAUUCUUGAACAAGAAACAAGCCCAAUUCCAUUCAUCGACGCAACAUACUAUCGCGUUGGAUUUUAUGGUGAAAAGUUCGGGAAGCUUGACAGGAAAGAAUAUGUAUAUAGAGAGCCACGUGAUGUAAGGCUAGGCGAUAUAAUGGAGAAGCUGAGUCAUAUAUACGAAUCGAGGAUGGAUGGAAAUCAUACCUUGCAUAUUAUUCCUGAUUCUAGACAAGUCAAGGCAGAUGAACUGCAACAGGGAGUUUGUUACCUUCAAAUAACUGCUGUGGAUCCAGUUAUGGAAGAUGAAGAUUUGGAAAGCAGGAGAGAGAGAAUUUUCUCUCUCUCGACAGGGAGUGUUCGUGCACGUGUCUUCGACAGGUUCUUGUUUGAUACCCCUUUUACUAAAAAUGGGAAGACACAGGGCGGAUUAGAGGAUCAAUGGAAGAGACGGACUGUCCUUCAGACUGAGGGAUCCUUCCCUGCCUUGGUGAAUCGACUUGUAGUUACGAAAUCUGAAUCUCUUGAGUUCUCUCCUGUUGAGAAUGCGAUUGGAAUGAUUGAGACUCGGACCGCUGCUCUGAGAAAUGAACUUGAGGAGCCUCGCAGUUCUGAGGGUGAUCAACUGCCUCGCCUACAGAGUCUACAAAGAAUCCUUCAAGGAUCAGUUGCAGUUCAAGUAAACAGUGGAGUGUUGAGUGUUUGCACAGCAUUUCUAUCUGGUGAACCAGCGACGAGGCUGCGUUCACAAGAACUCCAGCAACUGAUAGCUGCACUACUAGAGUUUAUGGCAGUUUGCAAACGUGCCAUCAGAGUUCAUUUCAGGUUGAUCGGCGAAGAAGAUCAGGAGUUCCACACGCAGCUGGUGAAUGGGUUUCAAUCUCUCACAGCAGAGCUCUCUCACUACAUUCCUGCCAUUCUCUCUGAGCUCUAACAAUGCUCAGGCCAGGUUGUACUAAUUGAUGGUGUGUUGUGUUCAUAUAUGAUUUUGUGUUAGGAAAAGUUGUACAAGUGAGACAUAGAUCUUGUUUCAUUAUUAUUGCUUCUCUAUUCUUUCUUUGUAUCCAUUCUAUUCCAAUCCUGACUUUUAGGUUCUUGUUGAUAAUCUAUAUUAUUAUUUAGUUUGCUUGCUGUCAAGUUAUGCUCUUUGUUUCUUC